UCAUUUCCUUCCAUUGGAGCAAAGUUUUCGCGCCUUCGUUCAACUCCAACUUCAACUCCGCUCAAUCUUAUUCCAAUCACUUCCAGUUCCAAUCUACUUUUGAAUCAAGGUUUUUUCACUUCGAGAAGCUCUGAAGACGGCAGUAUCUGAAUAGAAGACGCUGUCAUCAGUCAUUCAUUAGACUUCUCCAAAUUUAACGAAUCGCUGUCUCAACAAUUGGGAAAUGCUUAUUGUAAGACAUCUAUAGAUUGAAAGCCAUUUUCACUUGCCUCUUGCAGUUUGCAAUAAUCUCAUAGAGUUGUAGUUUGAAGAACAGGUAAGUCUGUUAAAGUUGGCUUUAAGAUUACCCAUUAGUUUCUAUAUAUGUUGCUGUUUUAAAUUUGAUUAGAUUGUAUGAGGCACACCAUUUAACGCUAAGGAAAUCUCGUUAGCUGGUGCUGAAAAUACAUAUGCGGCAUUUAAUUUCAUGGCUAUAUGGUAAUUGAAUUCCCAUGAAGCCAUAUAGAGCGGCUUUUGUUCAAAACCUUGUUCUAAGAAGUUCUCAAGCUCCAAACCCAUCCUUGAAUGGUAAGCAUCUUAUUGAUGCCCACAGCGUCAAAACUGGCUUCAAUGCAAAUACAUGCCGCUCUAAUUUCCAGGUCAAAAACUUUCUCCAAAGAGGGGAUCUUUUCCAUGCACAUCAGGUAUUUGAUCAAAUGCCUUGCAAGAACACGAUCUCUCUCAAUGUGAUGAUUUCUGGUUACCUUAAGUUUGGGAACUUAUCUAAAGCUAGAGAGUUGUUUGAUGGCAUGCUGGAACGGACGGCAGUGUCGUGGACGAUUUUGAUUGGUGGCUAUUUGCAAUCUAAUCAAUCUAAAGAAGCGUGUAGGCUUUAUGGUGAUAUGAGAAGGGGAGGGACAGAACCAGAUUAUGUGACUCUAGUGACUUUGUUAUCAGGCUGUGGUGAAUUGGAAACUAACAAUGUGAUUGUUCAAAUCCACACCCAUGUCAUUAAACUUGGAUAUGAGUGCAACCUCAUGGUUUGCAACUCGUUGGUUGAUGCUUAUUGCAAAACCCAUUGCUUAUAUUUGGCCAGCCAGCUCUUCAAGCAAAUGUUAAUCAAAGACACAGUGACCUUCAAUGCAUUAAUGACCGGUUACUCAAAUGAGGGAUCAAGUGAAGAAGCAAUAAAGCUCUUUCUUGAGCUACAGAAUAGUGGAAUAAAGCCUUCAGAAUUUACGUUUGCAGCCCUCCUAUGUGCUGCUGUUGGUCUAGAUGACACAAAUUUUGGACAACAAGUUCAUGGUCUUAUUAUCAAGACCAACUUCGUUUGGAAUGUGUUUGUGGGAAAUGCAUUACUAGAUUUCUACUCAAAGCACGACCGAGUGGAUUUGGCAAGGAAGCUUUUUCAUGAGAUGCCAGAGUUGGAUGGAAUAUCAUAUAAUGUAGUCAUCACAGGCCAUGCUUGGAAUGGGCAAUUCGAAGAAUCUUUUGAUCUUUUUAGGCAAUUACAAUUUACUAGAUUUGACCGGAGGCAAUUCCCUUUUGCAACACUAUUAAGCAUAGCUACAAAUACUCUUAAUUGGAGAAUUGGUAGGCAAAUUCAUUCUCAGGCAAUUGCAGUUGGAGCAUAUUUAGACCCUGUGGUAGAAAAUUCUUUGGUUGACAUGUAUGCCAAAUGUGACAGAUAUGAGGAAGCUCAGAAGAUAUUUGAGAAUAUUACCUGCAAAAGUACAGUGCCAUGGACUGUAAUGAUCUCAGCCUACGUUCAGAAGGGAAGGUAUGAAGAAGGAAUAAAGGUAUUCAUUGACAUGCAAAGAACUGGUGUGCCUUCUGAUCAGGCAACCUUUGCUAGUAUCCUUAGAGCAUGUGCAAAUGUGGCUUCAAUUUGUUUGGGAAGGCAAGUGCAUUCAUUGCUAAUUCGAUCAGGGUUUAUGUCCAACGUAUAUUCUGGAAGUGCGUUGCUAGAUACAUAUGCAAAAUGUGGUUGCAUGAAAGAUGCAAUAAAAUCUUUUGGAGAGAUGCCUGAGAGGAAUUCUGUUUCGUGGAAUGCUUUAAUCUCAGCUUAUGCACAGAAUGGGAAUGUUGAUGGCACACUUGAUUCAUUUCAGCAGAUGAUUCAAUCAGGUUAUAAGCCAGAUUCUGUUAGUUUUCUCAGCAUUCUGUCAGCUUGCAGUCACUGUGGUUUUGUUGAAGAAGCUCUUCGGCACUUCAACUCCAUGACUCAAAUUUAUGAAGUUACUCCAAAGAGAGAGCACUAUGCAUCAAUGGUCGAUGUAUUGUGCCGAAAUGGAAGAUUUGAUGAAGCUGAAAAGUUGAUGGCCCAAAUGCCAUUUGAGCCUGAUGAGAUUAUGUGGUCGUCGGUAUUAAACUCAUGCAGAAUUCAUAAGAAUCAUGAGUUGGCUAAGAAAGCAGCAGAUCAGCUUUUUAAUAUGGAAGAGCUUCGAGAUGCUGCUCCUUAUAUCAACAUGUCCAAUAUUUAUGCUGUAGCUGGUCAGUGGGACAAUGUUGCAAAGGUCAAGAAGGCAAUGAGGGACCGAGGGGUUAGAAAGGUCCCGGCUUAUAGUUGGGUUGAAAUUAAACAUCAGACUCAUGUAUUCUCAGCAAACGAUAAAUCCCAUCCUCAGAUGAAGAAGAUUUUGAGAAAGAUUGAUGCAUUGACGAAGCAGAUGGAGAAGAAAGGAUAUAAGCCAGACACAACUUGUGCCCUUCACGAUGUGGAUGAGGUUAUUAAGAUUGAGUCUCUUAAAUACCACAGUGAACGCUUAGCAAUUGCAUUUGCCCUACUCAACACACCAGAUGGGUCGCCAAUAGUGGUAAUGAAAAACUUGAGAGCUUGUACGGACUGUCAUGCUGCAAUCAAGGUGAUCUCGCAGAUUGUUGGAAGGGAAAUUGUUGUUAGAGAUUCAAGUAGGUUUCAUCAUUUUAAAGACGGCUUUUGCUCCUGUGGGGAUUAUUGGUGACUACAAAAAUCUCUAAAUGAGAAGGCUAGAUUAUCGUCAAUACAAGCAAUACAUGAAUCAUUCUACAGAGACAAACUUAAGAGUUGCUUGUUCACACUAUUUUACAAGGCAGAGAAGAAUAGGCCGGUUGUGAUUCCUUCCUCAAAAGCUUGUUCUGCUGCACAUUGGUCAAAUAAGAAUUCAGCAAGGUUCUCUUUUAAUGCUUCAAACUAGAAUAGUUAUGCUGAAGACGUGCGGACUUGCCAAAGUUCUUCUGUCAGCAGCUCUGGCUGGAGCUUCUGCAUGCAAUACUGGCAGAGUCUUUAUGGAAAAAAUAACCCAAAUUGAAACGAAACUCUCUAUUUGAGAUGAGCCUGGGAGAUUCCUGUGGAUCACUUCCAAGGAUCGUCUUAAAUCAGCUGCUACGUUGACAAAAACCCAAAAUUUAAUUGAAUACUGAUGUUAUGGUGGCUGACUUGUUCAUAGAUUGGUCCACUUCAGGAGCUUACACAGAGCCAGCCAGAACUCACAGCAGAACAGAAAUCGAAAGGUCAGGAAAUUUCUCAAAACUGUAGAUGGAUUCUUUUUUAUUUUUAAUAUCUUUUCCUUGGGAAAAAUAGUUUCUGGAUAUUUGUGUUUUUCUUAGGUCUUCUACUAGUAGACAAACAGAAUCUUAUACCCGUAGCCCGUAGGCUGUAGCUCUCCAUGAGGAUGCGUUGUGUUGCCCAAGCUUGGAAUUUUAUUUUUCUCCCCAAUAUAUAAAAACAUUGCUCAGCCAUCCCAUUACGACAAAACGCCAUUCGUUUAGAGAAAAUACAUCCAUCCAACCCAAAUCUAAUAAUUUAAGACUCGGGAAUCCCUCUCUUAAAAAUAUAAUAAAAAUCUAAACUCAAGAAAGUCGUGGAGAUUCGAGGAUUUGGGAAAAAGAUAUUAAAAUCACUAAUGGGGUAUCGAGUUCAUAUGCCAAAGAUGCCAUUACGAAUAGCCUCACAUGAAGGUUCCUCUCUCUCUCUCUCUCUCUCCACUGAUAGCCUAUUGAAUUGGAUACCAAAAUACCAUUUUGCCUGCUAUAAUGGAUGCUCAAAUUUGUCAUUAUCUUGCAUAAUUAUAUAUAUAAGUUGUAGAUUGUCUGGCCUUCUGGGUUUUGAUAGAGCCAGCUAAAAUACCAAAAAAAUAAUAGAUGCC